GAUAGAUAAUGGAUAAGUUUUGGGAUCAAGAUUAUUUCAGAGUUCCUAGGAUAACAGCAUGUUUGGUCGGACAAUGGCCUUAUCAGUCUUCAAAGGAGUUUAUUUUACCUCGUAUUGUACUCCUCAUUCUGGUCAUUGGUCUUCUGAUACCGAGGUUUAGAGCCUUGUUCCUGCAUAGUGAUGAUCCUGCGAUUGUUCUCAGUGUCACCACUCCGAUUGUAAUGGAUGCAAUGUUGGUGGUUAAAACAUUCAGCAAUGCGUGGAAUUUGAAAAGGAUGAAGAAUCUCAUGAACAAAAUUUACACGAAUUUCGGAAUUUUCUCAAAGGAUGAAUUACAGGUACUCGAGGAGUGGACUAUAGCCGGGAAGAAAUUAUGCAAGUUAUAUCUAGGAGCAUUAGUAGGUGGUGUUGGAAUAUUCAUAACCCAGCCAUUACAACAAGAGCUUGUCCACAAGCUUAUGAGAGCAAACGAAACGAACCGACACUUUCCGGUGCCGGUGGACUAUGGUCCAAUUGAUGUGGACAAAUAUUACUGGAGUCUUUCUCUUCUGACAGCAAUCACUACAGGGUACAUGGCAAUUCUCACAGUCGCUUGUGCGACAUUAUUCAUUAUGCUGACGUACCAUACUCUCGGAUUGUUCGCAACACUGGGAUACAUACUUAACCAUCUGCGAAUUGACACUGAUGACGGGCCAAACGAUGAGUUGUAUGUCAGACGUUGCAUUCAGUUACAUUAUCGCAUCAUAGAGUUCGCGCAAGAAGUGGGGGGAAUCUACUUGUGGUACUUUCUCGGCGUUAUCGGGUUGAAUAUGAUUCUGAUUAGUAUCAUUGGUGUUGAGAUUGUAGCCCACGUGGAUGCCGUAGGAGAAAUGAUUCAGUACGGUUCGGCGACAAUCCUAUCGUUCUCACAUCUUUUUGUCGAGUGCCUCAUCGGUCAGCGUCUCAUAGAUUACAGUCUCGGUAUUCAAGAGCAUGUAUCUAAUUCACAAUGGUACGACAGCUCGGUAAAAUCCCAAAAGAUGCUGAGGUUACUCCUCAUGAGGAGCCAAUACCCCUGUCAACUGACUGCUGGAAAACUACUGGUCAUUAAUAUGGAGAGUUACAGCAGGAUCAUACGGACCUCGGCUUCAUACUUCACAGUUCUCCUAGCUAUGCAAUAACAAGCCCGCGAUAGUUCCUGGGUUGUGAUGACGACGUUCCUUAUUAUGUCUUUGUUAGGUUUGAUAGAGUCGUAGAGUAAUAGAAUUCUUCUUCUCCCUCUUCUUCAAUUUUUAUGGCAAU